CCGGGGUGUGGCCCCCGCGUCUCCCUUCUGCGCCACCAAUCGCAGCAGCGGCGGAGUGGUGCCCCUGUUGCGAUUGGUCGCGCAGAAGGGAGGGGCGGAGCCUCUUAAUCCCGCCUCCUCCCUGCCUGCACAGCCAAUCGCAGAGCGCCAUGCGGGCGAGGGGCGUGUCUGCGUAAUCACGCCCCCUAAAAAAGCCACGCCCCCUCACCCCCGGUACUCGGCGACGGUAGCGGCGGCAGAGGCAUGGCCGUGUGGACCCGGGCUGGCAAGACGGGGCUGUUAGAGCUGCUUUUAAGGGAACGCUGGGUACGGGUAGCGGCGGAAUUAAACGGGGAAUCUUUGAGUUUAACGGCGGAACCGGGAGGAAGUGAAACGGCGGCAGUUAACGGCGUAAUUAACGGCAACGCAGAGGCAACGGCAGCUCCCGGUUGUGUGAGGAGGGUGCGGGUAGUGAAAGCGGAAGCGGGAGGGCUUGGUAUUAGUAUUAAAGGAGGGAGGGAGAAUCGGAUGCCGGUCCUCAUCUCUCGGAUCUUCCCCGGUUUGGCGGCGGAACGGAGCGGGGCGCUCCGUUUGGGCGACGCUAUUCUCGCCGUUAACGGUGUUGAUCUCCGGGAUGCCACCCACGAUCAAGCUGUCCAGGCGUUGAAGCGAGCCGGGAGGGAGGUCAUUCUCGAAGUGAAGUUCAUGCAAGAGGUGAGCCCCUACAUCAAGAAGCCCUCUCUGGUGUCAGAUCUGCCAUGGGAGGGGGCCACCCCACAGUCGCCCAGUCUGAGUGGCAGUGAGGACUCAGGAUCCCCCCAGCACCAAGGUCCCCGUGACCGCAAGGUGAUCCCACUGAAGAUGUGCUUCGUCGCCCGGAAUCUCAGCAUGCCCGACCUGGAGAACAGGCUGAUCGAGCUGCACUCGCCGGACAGCCGGAACACCCUGAUCCUGCGCUGCAAGGACACGGCAACAGCCCACUCCUGGUUCACAGCCCUGCAUGCCAACAUCACUGCCCUGCUCCCCCAGGUCCUGGCAGAGCUCAACGCCAUGCUGGGCACCGGUGGUGCUGUGGCUGGUGGCAGGGAGGUCAAGCACAUUGCCUGGUUGGCUGAGCAGGCGCGCCUGGACGGAGGGCGGCAGCAGUGGCGGCCGGUGCUCGUGGCGGUGACAGAGAAGGACCUGCUGCUGUACGAUGGCAUGCCCUGGACCAGGGAUGCCUGGGCCUCCCCGUGUCACAGCUACCCGCUGGUGGCUACCAGGCUGGUCCACUCAGGCUCAGGCCGCCGCUCACCCGCCCUGGGCUCGGAGCUCAGCUUUGCCACCCGGACGGGCUCCCGGCAGGGCGUGGAGAUGCACAUCUUCCGAGUGGAGACCCACCGGGACCUCUCCUGCUGGACACGCGUCCUUGUCCAGGGCUGCCAUGCUGCUGCCGAGCUGAUCAAGGAGGUGACUGUGGGCUGCACACUGGGCGGGCAGGAUGUGCAACUCUCCAUCCACUAUGAGGGUGGUUUCACCAUCUGCCGUGAGGAGCCAGGCACCGGCACCGGCACUGUCCUCUUCCGCUACCCCUAUGAGAGGCUGAAGAUGUCGGCAGAUGAUGGCAUCAGAACCCUCUACCUGGAUUUUGGGGGGCCCGAAGGGGAGCUGGCUCUGGACCUGCACUCCUGCCCCAAGCCCAUCGUCUUCGUCCUCCACACCUUCCUCUCAGCCAAAGUCACCCGCAUGGGGCUGCUGGUGUAGGUGCCCUGCCCUACCCAUCUUCUGCCACCUCAAUCCAGCUGGGGAAAGUGGAGGGGACCCUCCCCCAAUCCCUCCUGCCCCCACCAGUGCCUUGCUGGGGCCAGGACUUGCCACCCCAAAAGCCACCAGGGACACAUCAGGGUGGCUUCCCAGGAUGGAGGCAGCGAGCCUUUCCUGCUCCACACCAGCGAUCCCAGCCCCCCAGUGUCGGGGGGGGGGUGGUCACAGACACCAGCUUUAAUGCCCCUGGGCCUGAAGCCAUCACUGAUCUCGCCACCUGUGCCUUGGAUUGGGGUGAGCCCAGUGUGCCUGACACACUGGGCAACCCCUGGUGCUUCAUCCACCCACUUUUGGGGGACCUAGCACCCUCUAUGCCUUGGGGGGGUCUCCAAAGGGGGUCACAUUGUCUCCAGAGGGGGUGGGUGUGGGCUGUGGGAGCCCCCCCCAUAGCUGUAGCACAGGGUCUUCUUGCCCCACGAGAGUGGGGGAUGCAGACUCAUCUCUUUGGUGUGCUCAUGGGCACAAAAAGGGCUGUUCUGAGCCCUGGGGUGCUUGUCUAUGUGGCACACUCUGGGGUGCAGGUGGGGCUCAACUCUGCCCCCCCCACACUCCAAUUGCUGCCCUCGGGGUACAGCUGUGAGCCCCCAAACCUCUCAAAGCCACAAAACAAAUGUUGUGUCUCUGCUGCCCUGGGCAGAGGUGCUGGGGCAACCUGGGACCUCCCCUACCCCAAGCUCUUCUGCCCCAUGGCCCCCUGCAGAUGCCACAGCCUGUACCCCCCAUCCUGGGAGCUACCCAUGGGGGCUUACAGGCCCCUGUGGGUUUGGGACAGGAUGUGUAGAUUGAUGCACUUUUGCUUUUUAUACUUCCCCCUCUUCUCAAGGGGUUGCAGCUUCCACACCUUAGGGUGCUGGGGGGAGCCCUGGGCAGAGUGGGAGUGGAGAAGCCCACCCCAGGCUCUUGGCUGAGGUCUCAGUUACCCCUCAGCCAAACUCCACUUGCACAUUUUUCUGCUUCCCACAGGGCUGUGCUGGGUGGGGGGUGUCAGGGGGGUGUCAGCAUACAAGCACUACAGGUCAGGAUUGCCCCCCCCCAGUGCCCUUCUAUUUUUGUACUCUUUGUAAAUCGCUAUUUAUACCAAACUGCACAUUC